CAGCAUAUCCUCAGUUGUGCUCCUACCCUAAGGAUAUACAGCGGCACCAGGAGCUCUCUGGUGCAGAAGAGAUUUGGGUUUCUUCUCCUUUGGAUGCCGGUUUGAGCUUGCAACAUGGACCUACGAGUGGCAAGCAUCCUCCUCCUCAUUGUGGCCUCUGCAGCAGCCACUGGAAAGGGCUACGUGGUGAAGAAAGUGGUGCCCAUGAAUGUUAAGAGCCACGUGGUAUCAGUGGCAGGUGAGCCUGGUCCUCCAGGUGAGCCUGGCCCCGAGGGACCUCAAGGCCCACCUGGCCCCCCAGGUCAGGAUGGCGUAGGUUAUUCUGGACCUCAAGGGCCCCCUGGACCUCCCGGACAGCCUGGCCGCUCCAUCGCUGGCAAACCUGGAACUCCAGGUGGACCUGGCAAACCUGGCAUCCCUGGAGCACCUGGUGAGAGGGGAGACACCGGAGCCACUGGCCCUCAGGGACCAAGGGGAGUUCCUGGCUCUCCUGGAAGCCCAGGACCUGCUGGUCUGUCUGCCACUGGCAAACCGGGACCUUCUGGCCUUCCUGGAGCAAUGGGACCAAGAGGAGAGCCUGGCUUGAAAGGACAUCCAGGUAUUCCUGGACUUCCUGGGCCUAAGGGUGAUAGAGGGUUUGGAGUUCCUGGACCUCAAGGUGAAACAGGACCUCAGGGACCUAUUGGUCCGACUGGAGCAACCGGUGCACCCGGAAUCGGAAGGCCAGGCAAACCAGGUGCCAAUGGUGAGCCAGGAAAGUCAGGUAGCCCAGGUAGAGAUGGUGCCCCCGGCCCCAUGGGACCACAGGGACCCAAGGGACACACUGGUGCCCCAGGUGUAGGUCUUCCAGGUAAAUCAGGUGAGAAUGGUGCCCCCGGUUUGCCUGGCCCUGUUGGGCCUAAGGGUCAUCAGGGACCUGCUGGAGCUCCUGGUGCCCCUGGAGUUCCAGGAUACGGAAAGCCAGGUGCAAAUGGUGAGAAGGGAGAGAGAGGAGCCCCAGGUAGCCCAGGUGCCACAGGUGCAAAGGGAGAGCAGGGCCCAACAGGUUAUACUGGGGCUACUGGUGCCACUGGCCCAAUGGGUCCAGCUGGACCUCAAGGUGAAAGAGGUUUCCCAGGAGCCACUGGCCCCACUGGUCUUAAAGGUGACACAGGUCCAUCUGGACCUCAGGGACCUAAGGGACACAAGGGAGAUCAGGGAGCACAGGGUUUCCAAGGCAAGCAGGGUUAUCCAGGGGCUGCUGGUCCUCCUGGGCCCAGAGGGGCCACUGGACCUGCAGGGGACAAAGGUAAUGUUGGUGCCCCAGGUACCCCAGGUGCUCCAGGUAUCCCAGGGCCUGCUGGACCCAAAGGACACACUGGCCGCCCUGGUGAGCCAGGUGCCUCUGGAUCUGAUGGAUCUCCAGGUCCCAGAGGACCUGCUGGACCACAAGGACCCGCUGGUGCUACCGGCUCUAAGGGACACCCAGGUCUCCCCGGACCUCCUGGUCCUGCUGGUUUGGCUGCAAAGGGUGUUUCUGGACCUCAGGGUCCCCCAGGUCAACCCGGUGAGCCCGGAGCUGAUGGAGAGCCCGGCCCCUCUGGCCCUCCUGGCCCCCCUGGACCUCCUGGUGAGGUUGUCUUCGAGAAGGGCAUGGGACUGAGUGAGGUUAUGGUCAAGUCCCCCAUGUCUGCAUUCACUGCAGUUCUGGCCACUCCCUACCCUGCUGCUGGCACUCCCAUCAAGUUUGACCAGAUUGUUUACAAUGCUGAGAAUCACUAUGACCCUGAGUCAGGCAUCUUCACCUGCCAGGUUCCUGGAGUUUACUACUUCUCCUACAGCAUCCAUGUCAAUGGAGCUCAUGCCCUGGUGGCCCUGUACAAGAACGGCCAGCCAAUUAUGUUCACUUAUGAUGAGUACAACAAGGGUUUCCUGGACCAGAUGUCCGGUAGCGCUGUCCUCUUGCUCGAUGAGCAGGACACAGUCUACGUCCAGAUCCCUGACGAAGAGGCCAACGGUGUCUUUGCUGCAGAGAAUGUCCACUGCUCUUUCUCUGGAUUCCUCAUUGCCUCUACGUGAUACGUUGGCGCAGAAGUUUCCAAAAAGCCAACCAACUAAUUUUGCAAUCUAUUUCUCAAAGUAAAACUCCCUGUUCAUUUACCGCAACCCAACAGACAGGCAGUGCAACCUUCCUGAGGAAUAGUAGCAUCUUAACUUGAAAACUACAAGAAAUGGGUGCUAAAAAGAAGGAAAACUAAUUUAUGAAAACAGUUGAUUUAAGGAGGGAGAAAGCAAUACACAAUGUUCCAGUGAUGUUUGUAAUGUAAACAGCAUGUGAAAUCGAGGUGUUAUAACUGUGUUGUGUCUAAAAAUUUUAUUAUUUUUUUUCCACACACUGCUCCUUUUAUACUGUCUUAAACUGAUGUCUUUGAACUUAAUGUCUGUCUUCUUUGUUUUUGUACAAUCUUGUUUUUUUUUCCUUUGGGCAUGAAAGGGAACAACAAUUUUAUCAAAGUACAUUAAUUCUUCUCUGUGCAACAUGUUUGUGACUAAAUGUGACUUGAAUAUAUUGUGAAAUAUGGUGAUCAAAUUGACUUUUGUUUCUAAACACAAACUGUUUCAGCAGCAACAUUGUUAUAACCCUUGACAUGCAUUGUGUCAUGUAAAACGAGACCAAAAAUAAAUAACGUCUUACUGAA